AUGUUUCAUCUGGUAUUGUGGUUUUCGGCGUUUGUGAUCAUAUCCAAAAACUCUGCUAAGAUAAUGCAAUUCGGCAGAGAAGCACAGAGCAACGUGAAUGAUCCAGAAAUACAGGAAAUAGCAGAAAAGGCGUUGGAAAAAGUGAACAUGAAGAUGAACUAUAGAAAUCUCUAUAAAUUGGUGAAAGUUAUAAAUGCUCGUACCCAAACGAUAGCAGGAAUGAAAUACUAUCUCACAAUCCUCGCUGCACCGACCACUUGCAGAAAAAGCUCUAAAAAUGUGAAUGCAGCGAACUGUGUCAUCGAUAAGAGUAAACCGGAAAAGAAAUUCAAAAUAGAAGUUUGGUCAGCACCAUGGCAAAACAUAUUCGAAGUCACUUUGAUAUGA